GAUUGGCUAGGUGAGGAGCGCCGCGAAAUGCUAUUGGUCCGGAGUGGAACCUAGCCAUUAUUGGCUGGAGUAGGAGAGCGCAGCACUGCAAUUGGCGGGAAAGGGAACGGUCGAUUAAUUGCGGCUCUUCUGCGGCGGGCAGGGGGAUGCCGGUCACCCGCCUUUAAACCGCGCUGGCCUUUCCCAGCCGAGCCGUGUCCCGCAGCUGAUUGGCGGGGCUGAAAGGCCUUUAUCCAAUUGCGGGGCGGCCUCCUCAGCGCGCCCCAGGACGGGGCGUGGCAGCGCUCGGUCCGCUCCCGUCGAGCUCAGGCCCGCGUUCUUCCAGCGGCCAAUCAGUGGGUAGAUGGAACAGUUAGCGGGGGCGGAGACGGAAGGGAGCGGCACUCCCAUUGGCUGUUCGCGGCGCGGGGAGCGGUUUGAAUCGACAGCAGCGGGCGGGAGGUGAGCCGGUCUGCGGAGGGGCGGGGGGAAGUGAAGCGGUUCGGGGUCCCUGGUCACCCCCGAUUCCCCUUCGUUGCUCCCCUUCCAGUUCAGCGAUGGCAAAGUAUAGGAAACACAGACGGAAACGCAGAGCCAGAGCGAAAUUUCUACUGGGAAAAAAAGGGGAUGUCACAAACCCUCAGGGCUCUGUUUGUCCUCCACGGUCAGCAGGUGACCUUCCUCCGAACACAUCAUCUGUCCCAAGCCACCUGUCCUCACUCUGGUCAUUAGCUUUGCCCAGUGUAAAAAAUGUGGUAAAACCCUUUACAACAACAGCCUCAUUUUUGUAUUUUUGGUGCCAGAACACGGUUGCACAGAGUUUUAAUGUGGUGAAAGACACUAUAUUCCCAUCACAAUUCUACUUAAGGGAGCUAAAUACAUUCAGAGAGCAGCUGGAAAAGUUGGAAGCUGAAUUUUCUAAACUACAAGGAACACUCCAGAUGAAUGGAAGUGCAGCCUUGUCUUCAGAAAACUCUCUUUGUCAAAGAUGUAACAAACCAGUUCUGGGUGCUCCUGUACAAAUGCAGAUGGGCCUGCCAUCAGCAGCAUCUGAGCCUUCCACAAUACAGCUUCAGCCACUAUCUGUACCCCCUCCACCUCCACCACCUCCACCACCACCACCGCCGCCACCACCACCACCACUGCCCCCACCGACACUGCCUCCAGCACCUCUCCUCCUCAAACGGGGCAACGGCUCUAAAGCAUCUCUGGCACCUUCACUGAAAAAAGAUGGACCAAUGCAGAUCACUCUCAAAGACCUCCUGAAUGUCAAGCUGAAGAAGACAGGCAGCAACCUGAGAACAGACAAGGCAGAAUCACCAGAAAGGACACGCAGGGCACUAAUUACAGUCUCAGAUUUGCAGAGUGUUAGUCUGAGACCCAAAUCCAAGCCAUCAGUUCAUAUUGCCAGCUCCUUAAUUACCCCUCCUAAAAAUCAAUUAGAUCUUCGGAAACAUCUGAAGAAAGUCAAUAUACAAAGAAGCCCUGGUGGCACUCCUCUGAAUAGCAAGGAAAACAUUGAAUGUGGCUCUGGGUUGACACCAAUAAUGACACAAGCACUACGGCGCAAAUUUCAGAUGGCUCACCCAAAGAGUCCCUCACCUGCCCGGUUAAGCACUGCAAACAGCUUUGAUGACCAAAAGUAGGUUUAUGGACCAAUGUAUUUUUCAUGUGUGGUCAAGGAAGCCACUUGAAUCCCAUUUUUAUCUCACUCAGGCAUAUGUAUUUGUAAGUGAAUCUGCUGCAUACAAGAAUGGGGCAUUUUGAAACCCCUGUAGGAGAAUUCUGCUCUUUAAAGGUCUAAUGUGUCUCAACCUGGUUGCAUCAUCUUUAAUGGAAAAAAGACAUGAAAUUUCCCAAGUCUCAUGCUACGUGGCUUAUGCUGAAGCAGGGACUAUUAUGUUCCCACCACUGGUGCUGCUUGUAAGAUAAAUACGUGCAUAUUUGCUAAAAUUCA